CAUCUACAUAGCUUUUGCUGAUGCUUUACUGACGCGUCAACCAAAUGGGACAAGUUCUGUGAACUGCUUUACAUUCUCUACGCAAUUAUAACAACUAUAAUCUAGAUAGAGUGUGAGAGAAACAAAAAUGGAGACUAGCACCUUUGAUCAGUCUACUGGAGGAGGAGGAGAAGGAACAUCAGUAGUGAUGCAACAGGAACAAGAACGGAUUCCGCAACAACAAAUGAUGCCACCAGUAUUAGCUGAGAAAAAGAAACCAAUGAAAGUUUUGGUAGCUAUUGAUGAUAGUGAAGGAAGCUUCUAUGCUUUAAAGUGGGCUCUUGAUAAUUUAUUUAUCUUUGGUGCUGCUUUUUCAACCGAACCUGAUCAAAAUCAAAAUUUCGGAAUGUUAUAUCUUCUUAAUGUUCAGCAACCUUUCCAACACUACAUCUUUCCUGCUGGCCCUGCCGUGUAUGCAACCACAUCAGUGAUAGAAUCGGUAAGGAAAUCACAAGAACAGAACUCUACCAUGUUGUUGUCUCGUGCAUUACAAAUUUGCAAACAAAGGCUGGUAAAAGUGGAAACAUUGAUGAUGGAAGGAGAUCCAAAGGACAUGGUAUGUCAAGCAGCUGAGCAGAUGCAUGUUGAUCUUGUUGUUGUUGGUAGCCGUGGUCUUGGAAAAAUUAAGAGGGCGUUUCUUGGGAGUGUUAGUGACUACUGUGCUCAUCAUGCCAAGUGCCCUAUCCUCAUUGUCAAACCACCGCAGUGAUGAUAAGAUAAUUCAGCAAAUAAUUAGAGUUAACUUCUGAUGCAGUUUCACAAGGACUCUAUGUGCUAGUGAUGUACUAUUAAUAUUACUACUAAUAGAAUAUAUAUAAUAAGGGACUUAAUAAGUCUUCUUGUGGGGUUUUUCCUUGUAAAUGACUGGUUUAAGUUUAGCUGUGAAGCCCUUUUUAA